AUGGCUCUUAAUAUUGAUAGCUCCAAUGCCACAUUAUGGAACUGCUCACACCAGCGGCAAAACGAUCCUCUAAACAUCUCAUCACCAAGAGCAAACUAUGUGCCGCCGCUAAACUUUUCUCUUGUUGAAGACGAGAUAUAUCGCAGUGGGUUUCCCAUGCCUAUAAACUAUCCAUUCUUGCAACAACUCAAAAUCAAAACAAUCAUAUACUUGGGUGAUCUAGGAGAGGAAAAACCGAAAAAGAAAGCCAAGGACGAUAAGAAGCCCAAAGGUGGUGAUGAGGGAACUAAAGAAAAAAAGCCAAAAAAAGACAAGCAUGGCACAACCGAAAUACUAGAAAACUACAAAGCGUGGAUUGCUACUACGGACAUCAAUUUCCAUCAUUUAGUGAUGCACUCUUCACAGGAACCUUUCAUUCUGAACACACAAGAGGGAGCGCAAACUGCGUUGAUUGGAGCGUUGAGUCUCAUGCUCGAUAAGCGGAACUUUCCGAUUCUAAUACACUCUAACAAGGGCAAACACAGAAUAGGGGUUCUUGUAGGCUUGAUGCGCAAAAUUUUUCAGGGCUGGUGCAUGAGUGGGAUCUUCGAAGAGUAUGAAAAGUUUGCCAUGGGCAAAUCAGAGUACGAUUUGGAAUUCAUUGAGUUAUGGCAACCCGAAUUAGCUUAUGAGGAAGCUCACCUCCCAGAGUUUGUUAGAAUAUGA